AUGGAGGACGCGGAAAAUGUCUAUCAAAUGUUCAAGACUCAUAUGCAGAACUACAACGGUGAUGACCCGCUUGCUGUAUGGGAAAGUUAUAUUCAGUGGAUAGAAGAGAAUUUUCCUGAGAAAAAAGAAUACUUGACAACGUUAUUACAACAUUUCAUGAAGGAAUUUAUAGAUACGACGAAAUAUCACAAUGACCCAAGAUUCAUCAAGUACUGUUUAAAAUUUGCUGAAUACAACAGUGAUGUUCAUCAGUUCUUUGAGUUUCUGUACAACCAGGGGAUUGGGACCCUGUCAUCCCAUCUGUACAUUGCCUGGGCUGGGCAUCUGGAAAGUCAGGGAGCAUUGCAACAUGCCAGUGCAGUUCUGCGAAGAGGAUUUCAAAACCAGGCUGAGCCCCAAGAGCUGCUGCAGCAGCACUUCAGGUUAUUUCAGGAAGGCCUUGCUGAAACUAAUUUGCCAACUCAAGCUAGAACCACAGAGCCUCUGUAUAAUGCUCAGAUUUUAAAUUCAAUGAAAACAUCAAACCCAGAUCCAAGAAGUGACUUGGACUGUGUUCCAAACAGUCAGUGUUCUGAACUUUCUGGAGUGGCAUCUUCAACGCAUGAGAAAGAACCAAAUCGGGAACAAAGGGUGAUCUUGAUUUCUAAAUCAGAAUAUUCUGUGCACCCAUCUUUGGGUGCCAAAAGUGAUAUUAAACAAGUUGCCAUGUAUUGUAAGGAGAAGCUGAUUCAUGAAGACUCUGAAUUUUCCUUUGAAGAACUAAGAGCACAGAGAUACAGUCAACGAAGGAAACAUGAACAAUGGGUAAAUGAAGACAGACAAUAUAUGAAAAGAAAAGAAGAAAAUGCUUUUGAAGAACAGCUGUUAAAAGAGAAAAUAGACGAACUUCGUAGGAAGUUGUAUCAGGCAGUGGAGACGUCACAUGAGAACUUGCCUAUUUUCCAGGAAAAGUACGAGGUUAAUGAUGCACCAGUGGGCCCCCAUGAGGAGCUGAGAGGCUCAUCUCUUCCAGCCACUGAGCAUCAGACCCCAGGCAAUGCAGGAGAGAAACCCAGAGAGUCACCUGAAGCGGGGCUACUUCUAGAAUGUGCUGUCACCACUGCACUGGAGGCCUCAGCUAUCUGCCACGUGGACACUUGUCCUGCUCUUUUGACAGCCCAGCCAGUGACAUGCCCAGGGUCUGUAGUAACCAGCAAAGAUGCCGGUGUGUCUCAAGAGUUUUCUCUUCCAAAAUGUGUGACUAAAACGACUCAUGAAUUCAAGUUUCAGAGUGAAGCAGAGAUAAAAGAAGCACAUGAUGCACCCAGGUAUACUAACACAAGUUCCUUUCAUACAACUCCAAACUCAUCUCUGGGAUUGGUUCAGGCAACACCAUCCAAAGUACAGCCGUCACCCACUGUUCACACAAAAGAAGCAUUAGGUUUCAUCAUGGAUAUGUUUCAGGCUCCCACGCUUCCUGAUAUUUCUGAUGACAAAGAUGAAAAUGAAGAUGAGUUUGAAGCCCAAUUUCAAAGAAAUGCACAAUCAUCUGUUUUGGGGGAAGUCAAUAAAAUUAUCUCUUCUAUGUCAUCUGCUUUUCCUGUAUUUGAAGAUGGAAACAAAGAAAAUUACGGAUUACCACAGCCUAAAAAUAAAUCCCCAGGAGCUAGGACCUUUGGAGAACGCCCCGUGAGCAAACUUUGUACCAAGCCAAAUGAAGUGCCUCAUACUGAAGAGUUUAUGGAUGAUUCAACCAUAUGGGGUAUCUCUGGGAACAAAACCCUGGCACCCAUUCCUCAGAGCGUGGUAGACUUUACAUCUGCAGCUCAGCUUGCAUCUACUCCAUUCCACAAACCCCUAGUGGAUUCAGGGAACCUUCUAGAAGAUAAAGAAAAUAUGGUGGCAGGACUGUGUACCUUUAUGACUUCAAAUUUCUGCAAAGAAAAUAGAGUGGAGUCCUCAAAACCCAGAAAGUUCAGUGCAAUUCCAGAAAGCCCAGAACAAGUGUCCUCCCCAGACAUCCUUCCAGCACCCGGACGUGGUCUGACGCAACCUGGUGCAGCUGGUGAGCUUACCACUGAAGCAGCACAGGACCUGGAGGCCUGCAGACUUACAGACCCUAACCAGGCCAUGGAGGAGGACCUGCCUGCCGUCAGCGCCCAGCUCCUGGUGGAGGGAACACACAGCAGUUCAGCUGGAAAUGCCGGUGCUCCCACUUCAAAUUUGAUUGUUGAGAACCCAUGGGAUGACCAGCUGAUUCUGAAGCUUUUACAUGGGCUUGCUAAACCAGUGACCUCCUACCCAAAUGCCUUUGAAUGGCACCAGAAGCUUCCACACCUCAAGCCCAAGACUGAAUUUCAGUUGGGUUCAUUCAUAAUCUACGUUGACCAUCUUCUUGGAGAAGGAGCCUUCGCCCAAGUCUAUGAAAUGAUCCAGGAAGAUGUGAAUGACACCAAACAUAAACAGAAAUUUGUUUUAAAGGUGCAGAAGCCUGCGAACCUCUGGGAAUUCUACAUUGGAACCCAGCUGAUGGAGAGACUGAAACCAAGUGUGCGUGACAUGUUUAUCAGGUUCUAUUCUGCACACUUUUUUCAGAAUGGCAGCGUUUUAGUAGGAGAUCUCUACAGUUAUGGAACGUUAUUAAAUGCCAUUAACCUCUACAAAAACACUCCAGAGAAAGUGAUGCCUCAAGCGCUGGUCCUUGCUUUUGCUGUCCGAAUGCUCUACAUGAUUGAACAGCUCCAUGAUUGUGAAAUCAUUCAUGGGGAUAUUAAGCCAGAUAAUUUCAUACUUGGAAGCAGGUUUUUAGACCAGGAUGAUGAAGAGGAUGAUUUAGCCACAGGCUUGGCCUUGAUUGACCUGGGACAGAGUAUAGACAUGAAACUUUUUCCAAAAGGAACUGCAUUUACAGCAAACUGUGAAACAUCUGGUUUUCAGUGUCCAGAGAUGCUCAGCAACAAACAUUGGAACUAUCAGCUUGAUUAUUUUGGAGUGGCUGCAACAGUGUACUGCAUGCUCUUUGGCACAUACAUGAAACUGAAAAAGGAAGGAGGAGUCUGGAAGCCCGAAGGUCCUUUCAGAAGGCUUCCUCAUUCAGAAAUGUGGAAUGAAUUUUUUCAUAGUAUGUUAAAUAUACCAGAUUGUCAGCAUCUUCCAUCUUUGGAUUGUUUAAGGCAAAAGCUGAAGAAAAUAUUAGAACAACAUUAUUCCAACAAGAUUAGGAGCCUGCGUAAUAGACUGAUUGUCCUGCUCUUGGAAUAUAAACGUUCACGAAAAUAG